AAUAUAAUGUUACCUUAUUCUUUAAUUGAUUGAAAGUUCCACAAUUGGCUGCCAAAAUUUGAACUGCAGAAAUUAAUUGUAUUAACAAAUGAUUUAUCCUUAAGUCUUAAACUUUUAUACAUAUGCAAUUUUAUUUUUUUUAGCUACGCACACAAUAGAAAAACCAUGGGUGUAGAUCAAGUUUUACUAGCUACAGCAGGUUAUGAUCAUACUAUUCGCUUUUGGCAAGCACACAGCGGUGUAUGCAUGAGGACAGUUCAGCACCCUGACUCCCAAGUUAAUGCAAUGGAAAUUACACCAGAUCGUCAAUUACUAUCAGCUGCAGGCUAUCAACAUAUACGUAUGUAUGACAUUCCAUCAGCCAACCCUAAUCCCGUCAUAAAUUAUGAUGGGGUUUCAAAGAAUGUUACAGCAGUCGGUUUUCAGGAAAAUGGCAAGUGGAUGUUUACUGGAGGUGAAGACAAAUCAGUAAGGAUUUGGGAUAUGCGUUCGAGGAAUUUACAAUGUCAACGGAUAUAUCAGGUCAAUGCACCAGUAACUUCUGUGGUUUUACAUCCAAACCAAGCACAACUCAUUGUUGGUGAUCAAAGUGGUGCAAUUAAUAUGUGGGAUUUAAAGACAGACCAUAAUGAACAACUUAUACCAGAAACAGAUGCGGUCAUACAGUCAGUUGCAGUGGAUCAAGAGGGCAAGUUCAUGGCGUCCGUCAACAACAAGGGAAUGUGUUAUGUGUGGAGGUUAACUGGUGGAGCGCGAGAAGAAAAGACUAUAUUUUACCCACAACAAAGAAUUCCAGCGCAUGUAAAGUAUGGAUUAAAGUGUUUGUUUAGCCCCGAUUCCAGCCUACUUGCAACCACUUCAGCAGACGGAACUUUAAAGCUUUGGAAUACAUCCGAUUUUACGUUAUUCAAAACAUUGUCGGACCCAUCGAAGAGAUGGGUAUGGGACUGCUCGUUCUCAGAGGACUCGCACUAUAUUAUAACAGCUUCAUCGGACAGCAAUGGUAGACUGUGGAAUGUCGACAAGGCUGAGAUAAUCCGAGAAUAUACUGGCCAUCAAAAAGCUAUAGUCUGUCUUGCUUUUAAGGAUGUUAAAAGUUAACGGACUUGUGAUCAACUACGAAGAGAUGUAAUGUUGAUAUCAAUGAAACGAAAUGGCAAGAAAAUGGUGACGGAAAAGUAAUUUGGCAAAGUUCCCGCCCUAUGCUAAAACGCUGUGUGUAGGACGUUGAGUAAUUUUCAAGAUUUUAUAACAAUACAGUUUGCGCUUGAUAAGUGGAAGUUUUAAGGGACCGAAAAAAUGGUUCCAGUAAGCAAAUGUUCCAGAAACAAUAAUUUUGUAAAAAAACGCAGUUUCGGGACAAAAAAUACAGGUGCCAAAGUUUCCAGAAGGGUGGAAUAAGCCAUCGCAAGUUCAAUUUAGUUAUUUUUUAUAGUCACAUAGAACGAAACUUGCUGUAAUGUGUCACCAACCACGUGAUUCGAAUGUGGAAAAAAAAAUUGUUUUAAGAAUCGAAAAAAAUGUUCCAGUUACGAGGGUGUAUUUUGGCUCAAGGGGACGGAAAAAAUAGUUCCUAGUGGAAGUUUCACUUUCCGAGUUUCCACAUAUCGAGCAGCAACUGUAAUGUGUUUGGCAAUUUUGGGUGACCAGUUGCACCUACACUUUUGACAUCAGUUAUAUUAAUUUUUAAAUACUGUACUGCAUAUGCUAUUUUGACAUAUAUAUACUGUAAAUUUUCCAGGCGUGUGCAUGCGUAGUGAUCAUAUUGGAUUUGUAUUCGUUAAAUAUAAAAUAAAUUCUGUAUAGUUUGGUACACUCA